AGAGAGAGAGAGAGAAAGAGUUAGCGAGGGAACGAGCGAGAAGGAGAGAGAAAGAGAGAGAGGGUCGAGACCAAGAGAAGGAGCGGUGGGAAUUUAUAAGGAUGUUCGCGAUAAUGCCGAUGGAGACAGAGGGGCACGGCAGGGAGUUCGGCCGGCGGCAGAAGAUGCGCGCCAAGUGCACCGUAGAGUUCGUCUGCAAGUACUGCCAGCGGCGCUUCACCAAACCGUACAAUCUAAUGAUUCACGAGCGUAGUCACAAGGACGAUGUGACCUUCACCUGCGAGGUCUGCGGAAAGUCCUUCAAGCGGCAGGAUAAUCUCAAGCAGCACAGAUGUGGGUGGCGGUGAGCGGGAGCUCUGAACCUCCUGCACCUUGACACAUACACAAUGCACACAAGAACAAUAUCAACAAUAUCAACAAGAACAAUAUCAACAACAACUACAACUAUAAUAUCAACAUCAACAACAAGAACAACAAAAUUACAACCACGCACUCUUCUUUGAUCACCUGCACUCUUUCCGGGCACGAUGAAAGCGCAAGCAACUUUUUACCGCCCCCCACGACAUAUCCAGCAUGUGCUAUAUCUUAUUCUUCUUUUUUGAUAUACCUAUAUCUUUUUCUCUUUUCCUUCACGGUAUUCUCCUUCUUUUUCCUUCUCGCACUCCUAUAUUAAGCUUUCGUAUCAUUACUUUAUUCGUCAAUUUAUUAUCGAGUCGUCUACGUAAUUUCUCUUUUUUUUUUCUUUCCUUCCCUUCUUCCUUUCUUCUUUCCUUUUUUAUUCUCCUUCUUCCGUUUCCCAUAUCCCUUCGUCUAUAUCUACUAACACGGCGCGAACGUUCGAUCGAUACGAUUGAUAACGGUAGGAAGAGAAAGAAAGUAAUUUGAGGAACCGAAGAAAGUUUCCUUCGAGAAUACUUUCCUCAUCUUUCGAUUUCGACGAUCUCUGUUCCAGGAGCAUACACUCUGUUCCCUACAAGGGCUCCAACGGCUACUCAAAUGGCUGUUCGAAUGGCUACUCUAGGUACUAGAAGCCAUCCGGCCAACUCUGCUAUAUACACAGAACAAAAUAAGCAUUCCUAGAACACUUUUCUUUCUCUCUAGCGCGUAAGAGACACGCCAAACCUCUUAACAGAUAUCAUACCUGCAAUUUCUUUUAAUACGUCAUGUCGCUGUUAAUCAUCAAAUCCGUUGCUAGCGAUUUUCGACUAGAAAUUGUUCUCCUCUUGUUUUUUCUUCUUUCCUUUUUUUUUUGUUUUCUCUUUCAUUUUUUUUUUCUUUUUCUUUUUAUCUCCACGCACCGUCUAUGCAUCGUUCUCCCUUGUUCUUCGGCUUCUUCCAUCCAUCCCCCUCUUCUUCGAUCGUUCUCACUUCUCUCUAUCUCUCUCUCUCUCUCUCUCUCUUUCUCGUGUUUCCCUUCCAUUCCUCGAACCUAGACAUCUAGACGUCAGUCACAUCAUCAAAAGAAGCUUUCGAUGCCACCAAUAAACCAGACGACGAACUAGACUUUUCUCCAACACUCGACGACACAACCUGGUGAAAAAAGUCGUCGAUCGAGUACGGCCUUUUUAAUCUGUCCAUCAACGGUGUCCUCGUUGAGAAAAAGAAGAAAUCGAUAUCGAACAAGAUCGAUACCUUCGGUGGUCGCCGAGCCGCCGUCGAAAGAUGAAUUCAUUAGCGGAGCCGGCCAUUUGUCAAAGACAAAGCCGACCCAGCCGGUGAAUGGUUUUAACGACGAGACGAAAUCAUUGGGAAAAGAAGAGUGAGAGAGAAAGAGAGAGAGAGAGAGA